GCAAAUCAAGUAUACAAAUACUAAUUUACGUCAUAAUCAUUAUUUUCCAAAAAUAUGUAAUAUCGACCAUUAGUUAUUUGUUUUCAUGCUGAUCAGUGUCCAUAGUUGUUAUUGUUUUAACAUCAAUCAUAGAUAAAAUAUGACAAGGAUUAUAUAGGAUCGACCUCGUGAAAUGCAUGUUUUCAUUAAAGUGGUUGUCAUUAAAGUAUUUCCGUUGUUUUGCUGUAGUACAAUGGCCGACAACGACCGUAUCGUCUUCCCGGAUGAAGUAGACGAUGUAAAAGCCAAGGUUGUUGAGGAGACCAAGGAAACAAAGACCAAUUCCAUCGAAGAACCACCCGUAGAACCAGAAACGGCAUUAAGGAACAUGAUCCAAGUACCAGGAAAUUGUCCACCAGGCCAGAAAAUGGGAGCUGAUGGAGUUUGCCGAGACGUAUUCUAAACGCAAUUAGACCCAGCCGGUGUUAAUAUAAGUUUAAUUAUCACAUGAAUUUCUCAGUUGUUUUAUAAGGCAGAAAAAAUUGAAUUUACCUCGCAGUGAUAAAAAAUCGGCUUACAUUUUUAGCAAUCGGUAUAAUUUGUUUGGAAUAUUAAAUUAUAAUUGUAAGUUGUGUUUCCGUUCCUUCGCUUAAUUUAAAAUAAACUUUGAUAUAAUUU